AGUGAGCGGAGCAGACUGAAGUGAACGGAGCAGCUCCGGGUCUCUGCUGUCCUGAAAUGCGCUCAGUGCUGAACACCGAGUCCCGCUGCCGCUCUCACAGCACCGAGUCUCCUUAAUGUGGCGCCGGAAGCCUCUGGAACAAACACUUUCUCCUCCAGCAGCCUCUGAAUGCUGAUUUCUUCUUUAUCUUUCUCUGGACACUCGGUCCUCUCUCUGUGGUUCUGCUUGGUGUGGCCCUCCAGCUCCAGAACAUCGCCAAGACAGUGGAGUUUGAGUGACUUUAAGACUCACUGAAGAGGCAGAUGAACUCAUAGCAGCCACCUGACCAUCCUGCAGGCGAGGCCGACCUGACUAAUCAUCCGAGGUGUCAAGCUGGUACCUGUCCGAUGUCCUCUCUUCCCACACUGUGAUGUGUCAUGGCUCCGGUGCUGAGUGGAGUGUGGUGGGGGCCGGAGGCCGGCGUGGUCGGCUCGGGGACGGCGGCUGCCGCCGGUGUGGCGUCGUGGCUGGGCAGCGAGCAGCUGGUCCUGGUGGUCACCCUCAGCGUCCUCACCGCGUUGCUGCUGGUCUCUGUGCUGCUGCUGCUGUGUGCUAGCUGCCAGGGGCAGAAGAAAACAGUGAAUGGACAUCCAGCAGGAGACCACGAAAACCUCAUGAAUGGGGUGUCAGAGAGAGAGACCAUCAGCCAAUCAGCAGACAGUCCAGUGACUGACGUGGCAAUCAGCAGCUCUCACAAUGGUCCUCUCACCAGCGGUACAAUCCUUACAGACACACAGGACACCAGUCCCCAGUUGUCAGAGGAGAUGCUCUCCAGCCAAUCAGAGCUCAGGUCCUCCAAGUGUCCUCAGGACCGCGAGCUUCCCAGCAUCCCUCCCAACAAUGCCCUCAUCGGGGACGGGCCCCCAGCCUCGGGGGACAGCACCUAUGAGGUGGUGAAGGAGAUGGCGGCGGCGUCCCGCGACGUCAGCGUUGAGGACUCCCUGUACGAGACGGUCAAGGAGCUCAAAGACCCGCCCGCCAAGCUCGGCCUCCCCAACGGUACCGUCCGGCUGAGCCCCGACGAACCUCCGCCUCACCCGCCCGCUCUCCUCAACGGCCACCUCAGCCCCUGCACGCCUGAGCGGGGGCCCCUGUGUGCCGGGGUGGAGUACGCCUCGGUCGACCUGAACAAGAAGAGCCGCCACAGCGUCGACAUGGAGGCCAAGAGGCGCUCAGACAACGCCGCCGCCCCGUCAAACAAGCCCAUGGAGGAACCGGAGGAGGAUUUACCUCCACCGGUACCGGAGAAGGUUCUGGAUGAAAAUGACAACCAGCCAGGGGUGAUGAAUGGCCUGGUGGGGGCUGGGCUGCACAAUGGAGAGGUGAGGAUCCUGUGUGUGUCGCACCUGUAG